CCCCGUCUGCCUCUUCCAGCUCACGCGCCCCCUGCUGCUUCAGCAGAGGCAGCGCGUGACUGCUGGGCCGCGAGGCCAAGUCUAGCGAGCUGUCAACGGACGGGGGUGGGGGAGCGGAAGAAGAGCGAGGGGAGGAAGCGCGCAUGCGCCGGUUGAGUUCUGCCACUGCCAUCGCCCCCCUCGUGCCCGCGGCGAGGUUGGCGUUUGAUCGCAGUGCGCGCGACCGCGGCGGGGGGUUGAGUCCAUUCUUAGAGGAAAAGGGGGAGAGGAGCACGCGCGCGGGCGCCCACGGAGGGGGAAGGAGGCGGCGGCCGCUCGGUCCGGACCCCAGCCGAGUUCGGCGAGUCCUGCUCCCCCUCCCCGGCGUGAGCGAGCGGCGCCUCUGCCCGGCUCCUCCUCCCCUCCCCCCGCGGCAGCCAGCGAGCGAGCGAGCGAGAUGGCGGCCGCUGGGACUCUGGCUAAGCACGAGCAGAUCCUGGUGCUCGAUCCGCCCACCGACCUCAAAUUCAAAGGUCCCUUCACAGAUGUAGUCACUACAAAUCUUAAGCUACGAAACCCAUCAGAUAGAAAAGUGUGUUUCAAAGUGAAGACCACAGCGCCUCGUCGAUACUGUGUGCGGCCAAACAGUGGAAUUAUUGACCCAGGAUCAACUGUAACUGUUUCAGUAAUGUUACAGCCUUUUGACUAUGACCCAAAUGAGAAGAGUAAACACAAGUUUAUGGUACAGACAAUCUUUGCGCCACCAAGCACUUCAGAUAUGGAGGCAGUGUGGAAAGAAGCAAAACCGGAUGACCUAAUGGACUCCAAAUUGAGAUGUGUGUUUGAAAUGCCCAAUGAAAAUGAUAAACUGCAGCGUGGGGUUGCAGAACCUAAUCCUUUAGCCGUUGGUUUAGUCACUCCCUUAAAUCUUGCAAUGAGAAAUCUGCCGAGUACUGAGGGUAUGGCUCCCCUGCCACCUCAGGAUUUACCUACACCAGGAUACAAGUAUUUCACUCCAAUGAGCAGCAACUUUCUUCAGACACCUAGCAGUUAUAGCCAGAAGAUUGACAUGAAGGAACCAGUCAGUGAGGUCAGACAGCAGAAGAAGCAGAAUGAUGUAGAAGCAAGCAAAUCUGCCCCAGUCCUGAAUACAUCUAAACAGGAUGGACCGAUGCCAAAACCACAUAGUGUCUCUCUUAAUGAUACUGAAACAAGGAAACUAGUGGAAGAGUGCAAAAGACUUCAGGCUGAUGUGAUGAAACUGUCAGAUGAAAAUCGGCACCUGAGAGAGGAAGGCUUGAGGCUCAGAAAGGUAACACACUCCGAUAAAUCUGGAUCACCCACAGCCUUGGCCCUCAGAGAGAAUGGCUCCAAUCCUCUUCCUUCACUUCUUGUUGUAAUUGCAGCCAUUUUCAUUGGAUUCUUUCUAGGGAAAUUCAUCUUGUAAAAAGAGAGAGAGAGAGAGAGAAGCAUGCAGAGUGCAGCUUCCUUUUUUUUUUUCUUGGCCAGAAAAAGAUUUGUUUACCUACCACUUCAUUGGUAGUAUGGCCCAAGUGACCAUUUUUGUGUACAGCGUCAUACAGGCUUUGCCUUUAAUGAUCUCGCACGGUUAGAAAACACAAUUUAAAAAAAGACAAACUGUUCGGCUACUGGACAAAAUUGUACAUUAAAUCAUCAAUAGCAGGUGUCAGUUGCACAUUCAGUCCUUUAUGAAAAUUCAUAAAUAAAGAAUUGUUCUUUCUUUCUGUGGUUUUAAUAAGAGUUCAAAAAUUGUUCAGAGUCUUGUAAAUGUUAUUUUAAUAAUCCUUUAAAAUUUUAUCUGUUGCUGUUACCUCUUGAAAAAUGACUUAUUAGAUUGCUAAUCCCACUUGUUCAGGAAUAUGACGAGGUUUUCUGGAGGGAAAAUGGUGCCUCUUACUGUGUAAAUUUUCUCCUUUACCUUACUUUGCUAAUAUCAUGGCAGAAUUUCUUUCUUAUCCCUUGUGAGGCAGUUAUUGGCAGUUUUUCAUCCUUACAAUCCUGUCCCAUGGUAUUUAAUAUUAAAAACAGAAAUAAAAUUAACAGAUUUUCUGCUGGGUAGCCUGUUUGUGUGUGUCAUACUUUUAGAGGGAUUCCUAACAAAUUCAUUGUUCGUGGUAAUUUGCUACUUGUAACAAAUGGAUAUUUUGUAAUUUACUUUCAAUCUUUGGCUUAGACUGUUGUAUUUGAAGUUUGAAACAAACAUUAAGAGUUCCCGUUCUAUUUAUGAAGUUCGGAACAGUUUUUUGGCUGCUUUCAGCUAUAGAACAGAUAAUUAUCUAACUUAUUUUGAGACAUGGAGAUAAUGUAGGUAAUCCAGCAGGUAUAAAUAUUGGGAGACAAAUGUUUUCAGUAUCUGGUUUUAAAAUAUUUACUUGGAUUGUGUGGGUGUAUAACAGUCAACGUUCUGUUGCAUCUUUGAGUCUGUUGGGUGUCUUCCAGGGGCAGAUUCUCCUUUGGUUUCAUAGAGGGUACAGCAUUCAAGUUUAUUAAUCUAUCAGCUCUCUUUGUAACUCCAUUUUAACUGAUAUUCUUAAAUACAUUUUUUUUUCUAUUCAAACACCCAUAAUGAAUUUCCAUGAUGCAGAGGAGUUGAUGUUUGCUGAGCAAGCCUCAAUUUAACUUCUCCCCCAAUAAAAACAACAAACAAAAAAACUUUCAUGCAACUCUUGGCAAAUUUACCUGUUAUUAACCAUAUAUAUCUAAGUUUUAGAGAAUGCAUUUAUUGGGUCUGAAAUGCUUCCCUGCACUUAAUCUUACGUCUUGCCUCAUUUCUGAUAUACAGGUCAUAAAACCAAGUAGGUGGUAGUAUUGGGGAAAAAAAAUAUAUCCAUACUUCUGACUAAGCAUAAUCCAACACAGGGAAUUACUUGUAAACUGACAAAUUCUGGAAGGGAUAUACUCCUGUAAGCAAAAUUGUGUAUGCACUUGGACAGCUUGACUUGAUGUGGUGCAGCUAAGUGUGUUAGACCUUGGUGUAUACACACAUUGUGUAGCUGAGAAAAAUGUUCUAGGGAAACAUUCAUUAUCUUGGUUGCCUUUGAUUUCUAGUGCUUUUUUAAUGAAAAAUAUAAUUACAUCCUGUUCUGUCAUUGCUAUCUGUGGUAAACUUUUCUAAAAACAUCUUGCAUAUGUACAAGGAAGACAACAAAAACAAUACAAAUAAUGCUUAUCCUUUCACUUAAAAGCAUGCAAGUACAGAUGUUUCCAUUUGUAUGUUCCAGUAUCUGCAUUCAAGUCUCCUCUCAGCUUAAUGACUGGAAAAAUAUUCUAAAGUCUUGAUUAUUUUGAUUCCAUUGGUUCAGAAACCAAUACAAUUCUCCAACUUGUGCUCUGUCAAAAUGGUGAUACAUCUGACUGUAUAAGCCUGUUUCUUAAAGGAAAGCUGCUAACAUGUAAAGUAACAAAAAAGCUAUAGUGUGCAGGAUGUAGUUUGCUUCAGACAAAGCAAUCAUAAAGAUAUGUAUAUGCAAAGAUGUGUAAUAAUGCCCAGCAUUUUCAGGGCUAUAGAGCAGAGAGAGUCAUUUCUCAGUGCAGCCCAAUUAUGUUGGAUGUCUGGCAUCAGUACUUUAGAAUGGAAAAGGGCACCUAUAUUGAGAUAAAAAUGAUUAUAAAAUCAGCUAAUUAAUAUGAAUUUUUAUAAAUACAAAGCAGGUGGAAAUUGUUAUGGUUGAAAUAAUAUGUGCAGAUUAAAAGUGCAAACAGGCAUCGUAACAAUAUACAUAACAUGAGGUGCUCCUGAUAUAAGAAGAGUCUUUUGGUUUCCAGUAAUCCUUCAUAGCUGUAUAUAAAAUGUAAUGCUAAAACUAUUUUGCUCUCAGGAGUGACUUUGGAUGAGAUCAACUGUAUUCAGUGAAUUAUGUAAUAUGGAUUAAAUUGUUUGUCUGUUCCUGAAAUGGUUAGAACUUCUUACUUUGUGUGCCUACUUACUUGUGUAUGUCAGCAUGGGGAAAUAUAAUCCCCACUGCUAAUAGUGAGAGUACGGUUAAAUGAUAAAGGCCAUAAAGUCAUGUAUGAAGUAAAAUGCACAAUUUCCCCAACUUUUUUUUAGUUUAAUGGAGAACACAGAUUGCAUUUUUGCUUGCUCGCUAGGGCAAGAUGUUAACAAAAACCUCUUGAUCCCAAAUACAUAGUACAGUAUGUUAAGUUUUUUUUAUGGAUAUAGCACUUUAAAAAUUGUAUAACACUUCAGGAAUUCAGCUACAUAGAAAAUACUUCAUUGUCUUUUAAUGCGUUUCUGUAGUAAUUUAGAUCCCAAAUUUAACCUACUUCAAAAUUACUAUAGUAAAUAAAUUAGCUUACCCUUUAUCGAGCACAUUUAAAAAUUCUCUGCAACCUUCACCAAUGUGCAGUCUUUUUAUGCAUUCCUACUGCUUCUCUAAAAGCAGUUGGCAAGUGCUGUCAGAGUGGUGCAUGUUCCUGCUGUGAUUGAAGCGGAUGUGCAUACAGGAAAUAAACCAACAAAACACUAGCGUGAGCUCUGUUAGUGUCUCUCAGGGGGCAAAAGGCCUUUGCCAAAUGGGAAAGGAUAACAUCGGUAAGCAAAACUUAUUAUAAAGGUUUUAAGGGUAUUACAAAGCAUAAAGUGUUAAUAAACUAUUAAAAAUG